GGACCCCAUAACUUGCAGGAAUUCUCAGGAUUUGCUGAAUGCGCAAGAGGUGAUUGUAGGACCAUGGCAUCCAAGGGAGAAUCCAAGGAGAAGCGGAAGGACAAGAAAGAGAGCUCAAGGGCUAAGAAGCAUGGUGACAAGUCUGACAAGCAGAAGUCCAAACGGGAGCACAGCAAGGUUGAGAAGGAGGCCAAAGAACGUCGCGAGUCCGGCACAAAGCGCAAAGCCGAGGAGGCAAAGGACAAACGGAAAAAAGGAAAGGAAAAGAAGCAACCGACGCAGGAGGACCAGGAUGACCGGCGACGAUCGCAAGGAGGAGCUGCGGAUGUGAAGAAUGGGAACCGGGAAAAGCCAGGAAAGGAGGAGAGAACAACGGUGCGUUCUGCUCCAGAAUCCAACGACAAAUCCUCCAAGCGAGAACGACGGCGUCAGGGACCGUGUGCAGCUGAACCAUUGGAUACCGAGCUUGGUGCGCAGAAAGGAGGGAGUUCAGGCAGUCGAGCGUCGCCUGCUCGAAUUGAACUCAAGCCUUCCCCAGUUCCGGAGCCAAAAGCCAUGGUGAGCGCAUCGAGCGAAAGCGAGACGUCUGGCAUCAAGCGUCGGAAGCGCCGAGAGAAUGCGGGCCUCAAGGCGGCAACAGGCUUUGGCCUUGCACCGCCUCCGCCAGCACCAGACGCUGGCUUCGGCUUAAGCGGCUUGCCCAUGUACGGUCCGUCCAGCUUGAUGCCUUUGCCAGACAAGGUGAAAGGUCUCCUGGAGCACAAGGACACUUUGGCGCAGGAGGUGUUACGCAUGAAGAUGGCGGUGGAGGCUGCCACAGGCGUUCCCGGCAUGAAGCUGGAUAGCAAGGAAGACCCUGCUGAAACUACCUUGAAGAUGCCCACGCGGCUCACAGACUGCCUCAUGGACCCUGACAACCAUGCAAAGCUCCUGUCCAAGACGGGCCUGCUGUCGGUGAUGCAGAAUGAGGAGAAGCACCUGGUGCUGCGCGCACCAUCUCGUCGGCAGCUACAGAAAACACUUGGCUCGCUGCGCCGGAUAGCGUGGGCAUGUCAGUGGGGCUGUAGCUCUCCAAAGGUGGGUGCUCUGCUGGCCGACAAGCCAGCCAAAGCUGUGAACUCCAUGGUGCUGCGACUGGCGGCUACCUCCAGUCGACUGUCGUCCCAUGAUGCGAAGCUCAGCGCCAAGAUGCGCAAGCUUCGACUGGGCACACAGGCAGGCCCUGGAAUGCUGGUUUUGGAAGGCAUACCCGGACUGUCGCGGAAGCAUUGCACCAUCACUUUCGAGCCUGAGAAGGGCGCUUGCUACGUCCAGGAUGGGACUGCCAAUGGCAAGAACUGUCACUGGCCGCCUGGACAGGACGUGUCCACCAAUGGCACAUACCUGAACGGCAAGCGGCUACCGAGACCUCCCUUCAAGAAUCCUUCGGAUGCUCGAGUGCGACUGUUCCACGGGGACGAGCUGCUCUUCAAGCUACGAACGGAUGAUGCGGAGGAACUCGGAUACGUGAUCAAUUUGGUUGAGCUAAACUGAUUGGUCCUGCAAGACCGCCGGACCAGGGUGAUGGCGCCUG